AAAAACAAGAUCAGACACACCCACGAACUGUCCAAACCGGCAAACCCCCGCCCCCUCCCCAAAUCGCCAAUCACCCGCCGCCGCCGCCCAUGUCUCCGUCGUCCUCCGACGACGAGGCCGCGAUCUCCUCCGUCUCGUCCGAGGAAGACGACAUCAGCCUGCCGUCAUCGCCUUCCCCGUCCCCCGAGCCCGCUCCCGCAGCCAAGAAGCCGCGACGACCCCGGAGCGGCACGGGAGGGCCGCCGCGAAGCUGGCCGACCGCGGACGAGGUGGUCCUCCUGGAGGCCGUCGUCGCGCACCAGGAGCGGCACGGCCAGCUCCCCUCCCGCGACGACCUCGCGACCGCCCUCGCCGGCCGCAUCCGGUUCAGCGGCGAGCAGGCCGCCAGGCGCGUGGACUCCCUGCGCCACCGCUACUACGGCUCCGUCCGGCGGCUCUCCCGCGGCACCGUCCCCGUCACGGACGACGACAUGAGGGUCUACAAGCUCUCCAAGCGCCUCUGGGAGGGCACGGUGGCGGAGAGGGCGCGGCGCCGGGAGCAUCGCGCCGCCGACAAGGCCGCGAGGCGCCACCACGAGCGGAGGGGCUUCGCCGAGCUCGAGGCGCUCUACCCCUGCCUCGCCGCGGAGGUGGAGGCGAUCGCGUCGCGGCGGCCCUGCGGCGGGGUGCUCAAGACGGCGUUCGGGCUGAUCGGCGACGAGAGGGCGGCGACGCUGGAGGCCAGGGUCAGGAAGCAGCGGCGCGCGGAGCUGAAGGCCGGGAUGAAGCGGGCCGAGCUGAGGGGCCAGGUGGCCAGGACGCUACUCGAGUUCAUCGAAUGAUUUGGUUUCCUUCCAGCAAAAAAAAUUAGUGAUUUUUUCGUUGCUGGCAGUAGCACUAGCACA